GGUGGAAUCCCUGAAUCCACAACGCUGAGCACCUCGCGUGGUAUAUACCUCUUUAGCCCGGGCACUCAUUAUAUUUUCUCAUAACUCUCUUAUUGAAGGAUAAACCAGCUGUAAUCUAAAUGAAGCCGGAGUAAUUAUCCCUGCAUUGUUGUGUGGGGGCAGCCCGGAGGAGGGGAUGGAUACAAGCGAGCGAGCGAGCAGAGGCGCACCGAGGCAGCUAUACCUGACAGAGCCAGCUCCUCUGUGAUGCAGCUGUUUACUAUACGGCUGAGAAAACCCACGGACACACCGAGGACUGCUUUUUUAAAACGCUAACGAGCGACAAAUCAGCUGCGAUUUGUUAUUCUGCACGUGCUGGGAUUGCAUAUGAUGAGCAUGGAGAGCCAUACAGGCAGUGCACUCUGCCUGCCGUGCACACACAGAGAGGAUACAACACCGCUUUGAUUUUCUCUGUCUUGAUUUCGCUGCUUUCCCCGUUGAUGUGAUUUGUCCUCUUCUUCCUCUGAACUGGGAUUCUCAUAUUGCCCUUUCCCUCUGCUAAGUGCGUUUUGUUUUGAACGAGAAAAGCCAAGCGUCAACUCGGUCAUUAAUACAGAAGAAGUGUGCGAGGAGAGGACAGCGUUGGCAUCGCUCCAUGCGCGCAUCCACGCCGGGCUGUUUAUUAUUAUGGAACUGUGACCCCCAGCAGAAGUACAACUUGUGCUUUCAACAUCUUUACUUUCUUCACUGUUUCACAUGUUAAGGACGGUGGUAUUUUGAGGAUAUCUUGGUUAAAAUGCGGUGUAUAUCGGGUUGUUUAGCCGGCUGUCAGUGACGCAACAUCUCCCACAGACUGCAUGAGGAAUGUAUGCGUAGAAGGGCGUGAACUUGCAGGCAGCAACCUCCUUACAAUUAAAAAAAAAAAACCCAUCUUGUAUAUAAAGGCAGAUUUUGAACCUGAUACACUUCAUUCAGCUUAACUCAUCACGGAGACAUAAUGGAUCUGAAAGCGGACUCGGAGGACAUAGACUACAAGCAGCCGGCACCCAUUGAAGUUUUUGCCAGCAGGUCCACGCUGCACGGCAUCUCGCACAUGUUCACUUAUGAGCGAAUGUGUAUCAAGCGCAGCCUGUGGAUUUUGUUCUUCCUAGGUUCCCUGGGUGUGCUGAUGAUGGUGUGUGUGGACAGGGUUCAGCUCUACUUCCAGUACCCGCAUGUCACCAAGCUGGACGAGGUGGCGGCCCCUGAGAUGGUGUUCCCCUCAGUCACCUUCUGCAACCUCAACUCCUUCCGCUUCAGCCGGGUGACACGCAACGACCUGUACCACGCUGGGGAGCUCCUUGCCCUGCUCAACGGCAGAUACGAGAUCCGAGACCCACACAUGGUGGAGGAAAAUGUCAUGCAGAUCCUAAAGGAGAGGGCCGACUUUGACAGCUACAAGCCCCGCCCCUUCAACAUGCGCGAAUUCUACGACCGUACGGGCCAUGACAUCAAGGACAUGCUGCUGUCCUGCUACUACCGAGGCAUGGAGUGCAGUGCUGAAGACUUCAAAGUGAUAUUCACACGCUAUGGGAAGUGCUACACCUUUAAUUCUGGCCAAGACGGGCGACCCCUCCUGGUGACAAUGAAGGGCGGGAUGGGGAACGGCCUGGAGCUGAUGUUGGACAUCCAGCAGGAUGAAUACCUUCCUGUAUGGGGAGAGACUGAUGAGACAUCGUUUGAAGCGGGGAUCAAAGUUCAGAUCCACACCCAGGAUGAGCCGCCGUUCAUUGAUCAGCUGGGCUUUGGAGUGGCGCCGGGGUUUCAGACCUUCGUCUCCUGUCAGGAACAACGGCUGACGUACUUGCCUCCACCGUGGGGGGACUGCAAGGCCACGCCGAUGGACUCAGACUUCUUCAACACUUACAGCAUCACAGCCUGCCGGAUCGACUGUGAGACACGAUACCUGGUGGAGAACUGCAACUGCAGGAUGGUCCACAUGCCUGGAGAUGCUCCAUACUGCACCCCAGAGCAAUACAAGGAGUGUGCGGAUCCUGCCUUAGACUUUCUGGUCGAGAGGGACAAUGACUACUGUGUGUGCGAGACGCCGUGCAACAUGACGCGCUAUGGUAAAGAGAUGUCCUUUGUCAAGAUACCGAGCAAAGCCUCAGCUAAGUACCUCGCCAAGAAGUUCAACAAGACAGAACAGUACAUCUCUGAUAACAUUUUGGUUCUGGAUAUCUUCUUUGAAGCGCUGAACUACGAAACAAUCGAACAAAAGAAAGCCUACGAGUUGGCAGGACUUCUAGGUGAUAUUGGAGGCCAGAUGGGACUCUUUAUCGGAGCCAGCAUCCUCACGAUUCUCGAACUCUUUGACUAUCUAUAUGAGGUGAUCAAGUACAAGCUGUGCCGAUGCAUGAAGAAGAAACACAAAGGCCGCAACAACAACGACAGGGGAGCUGUGCUGAGCCUGGAUGAUGUGAAACACCAUACUCCUUGUGAGAACCUGCGUACACCAUCGACAUAUCCCGGCAACAUGCUACCUCAUCACCCAGGCCAGGGCAACUUUGAAGACUUCACUUGCUGAGCAGACGCCGGUGAAGCAACAAAGUGCGCGUUAUGCAACCAAAGCAAACAACACAAGAAGAACUUAUCCAACACAGGGGAGUGUGAGGAACUGAUACAAAGUCUAACAAAGGCACUUUUUACUUAGAAACGGGAGUAAAGCAGACAAAUCAGAAAUAAAGAUAGACACGGUAGAAGAACUUCUACCCAGGGCAAAGCUGAGGAAAUUCCAAAAUAUCAAAAUAUCUGUUAAUUUUUCCAGAAAACUUUUCAAGCAGUGUUCUUCUAUCUCUGUGUUUUUUUUUCUCUGGAAUACUGCCGAUAAGGAUGCUCAAGGAGAAACCUCGCCAACAAGGACCUCUCUUUCAAAAAGACCGAAACAAUAAAAGAUAAAAAUAACCAUGGGAACAUGUACAGUUAUCUCACCACAGAUCAGAAGAAGAGCCCCCCAUGCCUUUAUAUAACAACCACAACACAAACUGGUUUUACACAACCCAGGACAAAGAUCCUCUCUGCUUACUCCACUGUACUUGUAGCAACAUCUGUAACUGUUGCAGCGCUCUGUAAAACAACAAGCCGGAGUCUGUGUCGUUUGUACAAGAAUGUAUCUAUGUGUGCGAUGAGUGUAGUCGGGUGUGCAGGGACGUUUUUCGAUGGGAUGGAGGUGCGUUAUCUACCGUUUGAAAUGUACUGGUGAAGAUUUCAGGUCUCAUCAUGUAAAUGCAUGCUCGUAUUUGUCCGGUGCAUGUUUUUUUCAUUUAUCAUUUAUGAUUUUCAUUUUAUUUUUUAAAUAUAAAUAUAUAGAUAUUAUAAUGACCAAGUUUGCCUCAAUGAUAUACAGGAAAAAGGAGGAUGAUACAUCCCAUAUAUUUCUGUGUAUGAGUGUAGCUACGCAGUGUGUGUGAGUGUUCAUGGGUGCCUACAUCCAAGCAGGAACAGAGGAGCGUUUUGAUUGUGUGGAUGGAUGAGCUACUGCUAAUUUUCAUUUCUCAUCUCUUCUUUUUCUUUUCUUCCUCUUUUUUUUAUGCAUUCCACAUGUGCCCGAUGAGUCGAGGGGUCUUCAUCCAUUCCCUCUUAUCUCGACUGCGAGCUGAGGUGACGGGAGAAUCGUUUUUCUGCUUUUCCAGGCGAGAGUUGAUUGCUGAAAUCUUUGGGAGUUUCGUGGGGCUGUUACGAUUUUUUCUGUAUCUGUGUUCUAGUUGCAAACGUCUUAUCAAAGCACAAUACCGCCAGUAUGUAGAGGUGAUGUAAAAGACAACGUACUAUUCUUCUUGAUAUAUUGUCAUAUUAUUAAUGUCGUGUUGAUCCGACUGGUUUUUGGGUUUAUUUUUUUCUUUUCAUAUAAAAGCAUACUCAAUAUUGCCUGAUAAUCCUUCUUCCAGGUAAUAGGCUGGUCUAUUUAGUUAUCAAAAAUCAUAAAUAAAAUGUAAAUAUCAUUUUGGAAAUUGUUAUUCUUCUGGGGUUUUAUUCUAAUAAGUGGAUUUUCCUCUCUGAUGCCUUUGUCUGUGUGUCUGGUUGAAGAGGUAAACACAUUCAAAUCACUGUAUUUUUCAACUGCAGAAACUGUGCAAAUGCUCAUUUCUAUCAUCCGUAGCUCCGAGAAUAUUUUAUUAAGUAUUCUCCCCUCAUCUGAGACAUUUUCUUAUCUCUGUUUUUUCUAAUCAACAUGUUAUCUUCUGUGUGUUUCUUGGAAUUAAAUCAGCAUUAGGCAAGUGGGGCUUCGGGGGGCAGGAGAGGAGCCUGGUGUUCAAAAUAGAAAUUACUUAUCUACUCCCAACAUUCAUUGUGCUGCAGUUCAACCGCUGCGAAGCAACCAAAUUGGUGUUUUGGAGCUCCCUUGAAAUGUAAUUACAGUUUCUGCUGCUGUUUGACAAAAGGAUGGAUGAGAAAUAUCCUGCACAAGUUUCAUCAAGAUUGUCAGUCAGCGAGCAGAUGCACAUUACGGACGGCUCGUCUCGUAUUCUACUGUACAUCUGGUGCUGCCAACUGCCACACUUGUAUCAGAGAAGCAGCUCAGUGAUGCAUGACUCUGAAUAUCAGAGCUCGGUUGUACUUUCUUAAAAAUGGUCUGCCUGCAAAAUUGUCUUUGUGGCUCGGUCAGCCGCACAUUAGUCCACCGUGCACAGAAGGGUUAUUCUAAGACGAGGAGUUUACUUAAGCUGUAUAAUUUUUUUAUGAUUACUUUUUGCAGGGAACCAAACAUCAUUGUUAAUCUACUGUGAAAGUUAAUUCAUCAUUUAUCAUUUAAUGGAGAAACCUCGGUUGCAUUAAUAUACGAGUGUUAAAGCUGCCGGGAACCAGCUCCACCAUCUGAUGAAGAUUUUCUUUCUCCCUGUUUUGAAUGAUUGAAACCUGAUUUUGCCCCCUGAUGGUUUUAUUACUUUCUGUCUGUACCUGCCAAGAAGACAAAUUAAUCAAAAAUAAAAGACGAUGCUGUUCAUUU